ACACUUUCUGCCCUCUAAGAAGAACUCCAAGAAGCAACACCCAUAAACCCAGAAAGCAGCUCCCCUUACAGCUGUCUGCACCGAGCAUAAAAUUAGAUCCUCAGUUAGUCCUUCUGCUCCAGACAACUGGAGGAAAACUUGGAGAAGAUGGAUCCCAGUCACAGCCCCAGUCUUUACUUUGGAAGUUGUACAAGAUGCAGUGAAGCGGUGUACGGCUCAGGAGGAGCCUGUCAGGCGAUGGGACGUUUAUUUCACAACUCAUGCUUCACCUGCAGCGUUUGCAAUAAACAGCUCAAUGGGAAGCCAUAUUUUACAGUGUCAGGACUAAUCUAUUGUGAGGAUGACUUUUUGUUCUCUGGAGUUCAUCCAUCUCAGGAAGUGUGUAACAGCUGUGGGUGUUCAGUCUCUGACUAUGUCCUGCAGGCUUGUGGGAAAUCAUACCACCCGUCCUGCUUUCGCUGUGUUGUCUGUGGACAAGAGCUGGAAGGCCAGGCUUUCACUGUUGACUCAGACUCCAGGGUUUACUGUGUCAGUGACUACCACAGGGUCCAGGCUCCCAGCUGUGCUGCCUGUGGCAUGCCAAUACUGCCAACAGAAGGGUCUACAGAAUCUAUUCAAGUGGUGUCAUCUAACAAGUAUUUCCACAUGGAGUGCUAUAGUGGUGAAGUCAACCUCAUUUGAAGAAAUUAAUUAAGAGCAAGUUUAUUGCUGGGGUAUUUUGCACAAUUCUUAAUUUUAAUAAAGUCACUGCAGUU